ACACCGAUAACAAAAGCUUUCCUUUGCUUUUGCUACGAGCUUACGUGCUUGGUUUUUUCUUCGUUGUGAAUAAUUUGUAUCUUGAUUUGACAUAAUAUUAAUUAAUUCAAUUUGAAAUUCACUAGAUCGAUCAUCAUACAUUACAAUGGCUUCAGGUUCUCGGUAUACUAAACCUCCCCAAGAAGAUGAAACUUUCAUUGAAUGUGUCCAAAUCGAGGGCUUGGCCUUGAUGAAAAUAACCAAGCAUUGUCAUGAAGAAUGCUCUGGAAAUUUGGAAGUAGCUCAAGGUGCAUUACUGGGUUUAAUUGUUGGAAAAACUCUUGAAAUUACGAACUGUUUCGCAUUUCCCAAAAAUUACGAUGAUACCAUAGAUGAGGAGGAUUACCAGUUGGAUAUGAUGAGAAGACUGCGUAGAGUGAACGUUGAUCAUUAUCAUGUUGGAUGGUAUCAGAGUUCGGAUGUUGGAAAUUUCUUGAGCUUGCCGCUUUUGGAAUCGCAAUAUCAUUAUCAAACUUCUAUUGAAGAAUCCGUUGUUUUGAUUUAUGAUACCAACAAAACUUCUCGAGGAUUUUUAACAUUGAAAGCGUACAGAUUAACUCCUCAAGCGAUUAAUAUGUACAAAGAGAAUGACUUUACACCGGAAGCUUUACGGCAAUUGAAAAUAGGUUAUGAAACACUAUUGAUGGAAGUACCUAUUGUCAUCAAAAAUUCAUCUCUUACAAAUAUUCUGCUCAGCGAACUGACCGAUUAUGUGCCUCCGCAAGAUGGAUCUAAUUUCCUUGAUUUGGGCACAGCGAGCGUAUUGGAGGGACAGCUGCGUUCUUUAAUGGAACGUGUUGAUGAUUUGAACCAAGAGGCUAUCAAAUUCAAUCGUUUCCAAUUAGCUGUUGCUAGACAAGCUCAAGAUAAGAAUAGAUUUUUAGCUAAAAGGACUCAAGAAAACGCCGCGCGUGCUCUCAAGAAAGAACCGCCGCUUCCGGAAGAAGAUCUUAAUAAAAUGUUCAAACCAAUCCCUGUUCCUGCUAGGCUCACUCCCAUGUUGAUGGCUAGUCAAGUGGAAGCUUAUGGAGAGCAUAUUUCGAAAUUCUGUUCGCAGUCUUUGGCCAAAUUAUUCGUUAUGCAAGCUACAAAGAGUUAAAUUUUACCGCAUUUUUGUAAUAAUUGUAAUUAUUUAGAAUGAAUAAACAUUUUCUAUUGUCUUUAUGAAA